AUGGAAUUCACAGGCACAGCGCAGCAGCAGAAGGAGAAGACCGGCAACCUCAUCAAAGACGGCGCACAACGAGCUGGCAGAAAAGAUUUCAUAUGCCGCAACACAACCUGUGUGCUGGUAGAGGAUGAUAAUGGCAACGAGUUGUGCGCCGGCGGAGAAGGUGAUGGCGACGAGCUGUCUGCCAGCAGAGAAGACGACAGAGGUCGGUCGUCUGGGGCCGGAGACAGCGACGGCGAUGAGUUCCCUGAUACAGAGCAGGGCAGUGGACAAGCCAAUGGCGCAACAGCUGCCUUGCAAAACGAGGAUUUCUUUGACACGCUUUCCUUUCACAACACUCAUUUCGCUGGCACUGACCAUGGACCAACACCGGGCACAAGCCAAAUGCGUCCUCUUCAGUUUUCAUCCGUAGGACCUCCACUGUCCCUGUACCUCUCAUGCCUUCAAACAUUCGCAUCAUCGACCGCGGCUGCGACCAAAAUACAGCGCAUGAAUUGCUCGCCGAAAGCGGCAUUGACUUCACUGACGGCCCUCAAGCAACUGCGCAUGCAGCUCGAACUCGUGCUUCCGUGGUCCGCGGCCGUCUGCUUUGGCCGCCGCAGCGACUUCGCUACCUAUCCCGCCACCCAUCCGGCCACGAGCUGGGGCAAAGCCAAUCCACAGAAACGAAAUGCUUGGCUAGAUCCACAAGCAUCUCAUGAUGCACUUUACCUUCCUAAGCCGGCUGCACGGGAGAUGGCCGGAGAAGAUGAUCCUACGCCAAAGGCUUUGGAGGGUAGUAAGCUCCCAAACAGAACCGGUCGUCAUCGUCACCCAAGCCUGCUCAGAUCCCGGUGUUGGGCAUUGCAUCGGAAAGGCCUCUUUGCCCGGCGACGCGCCUUCACACAGGUCAGACAGCCAAGCAUCCCAGCGCCAGAACUCCAAGUCGUGCAGGACGAGGUUGGCGAAGUGCGAACGAUAGAAGACAGCACUCAGAUGCAACACAUCAUCAUAGCAUACUUCGCCAGAUGGACAGCGUCUGAGCUGGCGAGCCAACCUCACCGCCUGGGACUGCGCAUCUCCCACCUCUGCACUUCCGAGGCACAAGUCGGAGUCUGCAUAAUACGAAACAGUGUGAGGCAGACUCCCGAGAGGAAAAACAGGUGGACUGCAUUCUCCGUCUUCAGUGGUAAGGAAGGGUGGAGGAGUGAAGGUAUUCAGGCUGGUGGGCUGAAUUCUGCGAGAGGUGUGCACCGAAGACUUCUCGACACUGACGAGCAUUGCGAAGGGGCAUCGGCCGCACGCGAAAGGAAUCACGUCAUGCUUCACUGGGGUAUUAAGAACGACUCGAGUUUGCCGAUUCACGAGGCACUACGACCUGCCACCUGCGAUCAUGCUAAAGCCAACCCAACCCGUUGGGUGUUUGCAAGUUCUUCCGCCUACAUGACUGAGAAAGCUCAGAAGGCUGGCGCCACAGGUAUUCCAGAAAGUCAUGGCUACUUUGACUACAUCGUCGACGGGCUUAGGACGACAUUCGAGCGCAUGAAAAAGGCGCCGGUGGCUGUGAUUCCGCUUCCAGCAACCAAUGUCCUGAGUUAUGCCAGUGUGCUUUUGCGAAAUGUGCCCCUCCACACUCCCGACGAGCUGAUUGCUGAUCGAACCUGGGCCACUCGUUCUGCGAACCAUUCCCAAGAGAGGGACAGAGCACACUUGGACGGGGGUGCGAUCCACGACAUGACCAACGCAGCAAUUGGCAUGCAGAUCAAGACUCAGGACCACCCGCACACUGCCCCCAUUAACACGAGGUCGCCAGCCGAUGGCACUGGAAUUUUCAUCGCCAACCACAAGAGCACUCAAGCUGCCACCAACGCUACCCUGCGACGAAGCGAAGAAGAAUGGAAAAAGAGAGGGAACGAGAAACGGAACUGCGCUGGCCAAACAAGGACAGGGAGCAUUAAAGUUCCGGAUGAUUGGACAGAGGUUGUUAAUGGACUCACGAAAGACCACCUGGAGUCCGGAUGUCAGGACGGCGCCCACCAGCAUCAACGCCUAGGCUUGAUCGCGCCGCCCUCCCAGCUCGAUCUUCUGCGCGCUACACUUGCGCUGCUCGCACUUCCUACGUCUGGGAAUAAUCAUCAAGACAAUCCUUGGUUGGAUUCGAAGCAGCUUUGUACAGCCAGGGGAGACUUGCAAUUCUGGGCAUCUUUUGUCCAUCUGCAAGGCUCCAGGAAGGUGCGAAGCGAGAUCAACAAGCAUGCGUUACAACCAAGACCGCAACGCAAACUCUCAGAGGCGUCAAGCACCAUUUCACCAUCCCCAACGCAGCCGCCAAUGUUACCAACGAAGCUUAUAUGCCAUCACGCGCCUCAAGCGUAUUGGAGCUUUUGGGGGAUUGGAUUGGAGGAGAUUGAUACCUGGUCCCAUCUAAGCGGCCAUGUCUCCUGUGCACGGCACUACAUUGGCGUGGAUGUUCUUGCAACGAAAGCAAGGGUGAAUGUAAUCGCAAGUAGGACUACCAUGUCAGAAAACACGGUCCACAAGCGCCUGGACUUGGCUGCUUUUCUGUGGUUCCUCUUCAAAGCUCAACAGACAUCCUACACUAUAGAGUUCGCCGAUGUCGAGCUUCAGCAUAAUUUAUGCCACCUACCGGGGUCUCCCUUCCUGUUGGCCUACGACUACGCAAUCUUAUCAUGCCUCGAGUGUAGGGCAAAUUUGUCCAAGCUUUUCUACCACGAACAAGUCUGCGCUGGGAAUUGGAACUUAAUCAAAUUAAAAGCGAUUGGGAGUCUCUUGCCAGAAGCGCUGCAAUCUGCCGUUCAAGAAAAUCUUUAUACAAGCAAUUGGGGAAGCGACGCGAUCACAAAUAAUUCAUCUGCCAGAGUCAUGGAGCUCUACCUAGACCAGAGCGAAAAGCGUAAAUGUAACAUCCUGAAACUAGAGUCGGAACACGAUCGUACUAUCAUACCUCCAUCAAAGCCAAUUUGCGUAAGUGAUCGCGGACAAAGCCCAUUCCUUGGCUACAGCGGCAACAAGCAUCAAUUUCAGCAAACCAAGCUACCAAGCUUGUGUACCAAGGGAGGAUUGGGAGCGCUCUCGACCGGCCAAUGGUCCAGAGGGCGGCCGAGAUGUGGGUGUCGUUCUAGACCGCUCAUGUACAUGCCGCCGCCAAAUCUCGACGCUGGGGGGCUGGGACGUGUGUAUAAUUUGACGGCCUGCCUUUCCAUGAACCGUGCGGAAGAUAGUCACGUCUCGCUUUUGCCAAACUUCAAGCGGGAAGUCCGAGGGUGGCCGGUGUAUAUCGCCGUCGUUUUCCUCUACGCGAACAAGGAGUCGUUCUCUUGCCCUCUGCUGUCCGGAUUGCAACGUCUCCUCCUGCACAUUGCUCCUUUGUUAAUUUCAGACUCAUACAAUGAGACGGGAUAA